AUGUCCUCGAUUAGAGGUCAGGCGGGGCACUGCAGCGAGGUUUGCCGGGCCAAGAACCUGUAUCAACACAAGAUUCACUGCAAGGGUCUACUCCAAAAACUUGUUGAUAGCCUUGGGGAGAUACUCCAGGAGAUCUUCUAUGUACAUGGAAGUCAAAGCCUGCUCUACCCGGCAACAUCUCCUUGCCGGCCUCAGUACCAUGCAGCUAGGAAUCACUCGGAAAACUUUCGAGUGUCAGGCCAGGCGUUGUUCGCAUUCCCAGCAGGAAUGCUACCAGAUCUUUCGGACAGACACGCAGUCCUCAGCGUUGGUCGUAGCGAGCACGCCCUGGCCUACCUGCAUGACUUCAUUGCUCAAAUACUCACGGGUCGUGACUUAUCUGCAACGCCAACGCUCGAUCUCGGGCAGCAGUCUCGACCGCAAAAUAAUGCCACACAAGCCCUCGCCAACUUCUGCGUUUGUGCCCGGGACACCGCUCCCGUCAUCAACAGUUUCUCCGGGGGUCAUUCGGGCAGUCGCCUCGGUAAGGUUGUCCCUUCGACUGCAGAAUGGCGCCACAAAGUUAGUCUAUGUGCCACUGCGAGCGGCAGCCCCAUGAUCUAUGGAGGCUACUACCCGCCUACGGCGUAUGGGGAAUCACCUGUCUACGGUGCUACGACUAGUGGACCUGUUUUCGGUCACACCAGUAGUCACUUGGAGGAAGUGCUGUUGGCAGAGACACGAUCGAGAUUGAUAGCGGCAUCGCCCUCCUACUGA